GGCUCCGUGGCGCCAGCGCGCGGUGGAGUGGAGUCGGACACCGCGGUGAUCGUCCAGGCGGCUCUCCCGGCAGCGGUGGAGGCGUCAGGGCGUGUGCUGCUCGGUGCUCGAGUGCCGCGGUCGCCAGCCCGCACGCCGUUCCAGCGAGCGACGCGCCUGGCGACGGGCGAGGUGCCAGCAGAGGCGCGGCCCACGGCGAGGCCGUCCUCCACGCUCGUGGCAUCGCAGCCGCUGGCGAGCCUGGACGGAUCCGAGGCGCCGCCAUCGCCGCCGCCAAGGGAUUUGGAGCCCUGCCAGCAGUUGAGGAAUGAGGAGGCCCAGAGCUCUGGUGGAGCGGGCAGCGUCGCCGGCGAGUUCCAGGCGAGGCUGGACUUCGACCGGGCGCUGCAGGCCCAGAAGGACUGCGUGAAUGCGCGCUCGAAGAAAGCGGUGAUGGAGAAGGAGACAAAUAAGGACACGAAUCACAACAAGUACAAGAAAUACGAGGUGCUGGUGAAGUCCGCGGCGCUGGGCGUCGUCGAUGCGGGCUCGUGCAUCGAGGAUCUGCAGGUCGAGGCCAGCGAGUUCGGGACAUCGGCGAUCGUCGAGGGGGGCUCGCGUUGCGACGGCAUGCUGUUCGGGAUCGCCGAGUCGGAGGCUGGCGGCGUGAGCCUGCAGUCCGAGAGGACCCGGGAGGCCGAGACGCAGUCGAAGGUCGGAGGCACGCCGAAGGCCGUGGUCGAGGAGAGCCGCCUUGCCCAGUGGAGGCUCGAGCGUGACGUGCCCGGGGUGAUCGGCAAGAAGACGAGCAAGCAGUGCGAGUUCGCGCCGUCGGAGGUCGCCGAUGGGGGCUCGUGCUACAAGGGGAAACUGGACGAGGAUAGCGAGUUCGGGACGUCGGAG